AGGCAGAGCAUGGCGGCGCGGCCGGCCUCGCCCGCUCCCCGCGGCCCUGCCCGCCGGCUCCGACGCAGGCUUCGGAGCAACAGGUUCAGCGGGAGAGACGUCGGCGCGGCCCCUCGCCAGGCCCCGACCCUCCCCGCGCCGCGCUCCCGUGCCGCCGGCCCCUCCCUCCGCCCCCCGCGGCUCCAGGCCCCCUGCCGCUCCCGGCCGCGUUCUGUUGUCAUUGUGACGUCACAAAGGGUCGGGCCCGGGUGGAAACGUCCCCUCCACCGUGACGUCACAAGUCGGACAGGAGGUUCCAGGCGCCGCGGGGCUGCCGAGGGAGGGGAGAGCGGGGCGGGGGCUGCGGCGGCGCGGGGCUGCGGCGCGAGAGGAGGACGAGCAGGAGGAUGCGCUGGGCCUUUGCGUUCUGCCGUGGAUCGCUGCACUUCCCACCAGGAUGACAGUGACGGGAUUCCAUGGUCAGAAGAAAGGGUGGUACGUAAAGUCCUUUAUUUGUCUCUGAAGGAGUUCAAGAAUGCCCAGAAGAGGCAGCAGGGGGAAGGCAUUCCUGGGAGCCUGAAAACAGUGAAUGGGCUCCUUGGUACUGACCAGUCUAAGGGAUUCGGACCAGCAUCAGAACAGUCAGAGAAUGAGAAGGAUGAUGCAUCCCAAGUGUCCUCUACUAGCAACGAUGUUAGUUCUUCAGAUUUUGAAGAAGGGCCGUCGAGGAAAAGGCCCAGGCUGCAAGCACAAAGGAAGUUUGCUCAAUCUCAACCGAACAGUCCCAGCACAACUCCAGUGAAGAUUGUGGAGCCAUUGCUACCCCCUCCUGCUACUCAAAUCUCUGACCUCUCUAAAAGGAAGCCUAAGACAGAAGAUUUUCUUACUUUUCUCUGCCUUCGAGGUUCUCCUGCGCUGCCCAACAGCAUGGUUUAUUUUGGAAGCUCUCAGGACGAGGAGGACGCCGAGGAGGAAGAUGAUGAAACAGAAGAUGUCAAAACAGCCACCAACAACGCUUCAUCUUCAUGCCAGUCAACCCCCAGGAAAGGAAAAGCCCACAAACAUGUUCCCAAUGGGCAUGUUUUCAACGGUUCCAGCAGGUCAACACGGGAGAAAGAACCUGUUCAAAAACACAAAAGCAAAGAGGCCACUCCCGGGAAGGAGAAGCACAGCGACCACCGGGCUGACAGCCGAAGGGAGCAGGUCUCAGCAUCGCAGCCCACGCCAGCCCCCUCCACGGGCUCCUCAGCCAAGGGGCUUGCUGCCAGCCACCAUCCCCUCCCUCUGCAUCGGUCUGCUCAGGACUUACGGAAACAGGUUUCUAAGGUAAAUGGAGUCACUCGAAUGUCAUCUCUGGGUGCAGGUGCAACCAGUGCCAAAAAGAUGCGCGAAGUCAGACCUUCACCAUCCAAAACUGUGAAGUACACUGCCACGGUGACCAAGGGGACUGUUACAUACACCAAAGCCAAGAGAGAACUGGUCAAGGAAACCAAACCCAAUCACCACAAGCCCAGUUCCGCUGUCAACCACACAAUCUCAGGGAAAACUGAAAGUAGCAAUGCAAAAACCCGCAAACAGGUGCUAGCCCUCGGGGGGGCGUCCAAGUCCACCGGGCCUGCCGUCAAUGGCCUCAAGGUCAGCGGCAGGUUGAACCCAAAGUCAUGCACUAAGGAGGUGGGGGCGCGGCAGCUGAGGGAGGGGCUGCGGAAUUCCAAGAGGAGACUGGAAGAGGCACAGCAGACGGAAAAGCCGCAGCAGUCACCCCCCAAGAAAAUGAAAGGGGCAGUGGGCCCUGCCGAAGCCCCUGGUAAAAAGACAGCUGCAGUGGCGGCAGCCUCGGCAGAGAAACCUCUGCUGAAUGGACAUGUGAAGAAGGAAGUGCCCGAGCGCAACGUGGAGAGGAGCCGGCCGAAGCGGGCCACGGCUGGGAAGAGCACUCCCGGCAGACAAGCACAUGGCAAGACGGACAGCGCCCCCUGUGAAAAUCGUUCUACCUCGCAACCGGAGCCCUUGCACAAGCCGCCCGAGCCGCCGGGGAAGCCCGAGAAGGGUGGUGGCAAGGCGGGGUGGGCAGCGAUGGACGAGAUCCCCGUGCUCAGGCCCUCCGCCAAGGAGUUCCACGACCCCCUCGUCUACAUCGAGUCGGUGCGUGCUCAGGUGGAGAAGUGCGGGAUGUGUAGGGUGAUCCCCCCUCCGGACUGGCGGCCCGAGUGCAAGCUCAACGACGAGAUGCGGUUCGUCACACAGAUCCAGCACAUCCACAAGCUGGGCCGGCGCUGGGGCCCCAACGUGCAGCGGCUGGCCUGCAUCAAGAAGCACCUCAGGUCUCAGGGCAUCGCCAUGGACGAGCUGCCGCUCAUCGGAGGCUGCGAGCUCGACCUGGCCUGCUUUUUCCGGCUGAUUAAUGAGAUGGGUGGAAUGCAGCAAGUGACUGACCUCAAAAAGUGGAGUAAACUAGCAGACAUGCUGCGCAUCCCCAAAACUGCCCAGGAUAGACUGGCCAAGCUGCAGGAGGCCUACUGCCAGUACCUGCUCUCCUACGACUCCCUGUCCCCCGAGGAGCACCGGCGGCUGGAGAAGGAGGUGCUGAUGGAGAAGGAGAUCCUGGAGAAGCGCAAGGGGCCGCUGGAGGGCCACACGGAGAGCGAGCACCACAAGUUCCACUCCCUGCCCCGCUUUGAGCCCAAGAACGGGCUCAUCCAUGGCGUGGCGCCCCGGAAUGGCUUCCGCAGCAAGCUCAAGGAGGUGGGCCAGGCCCAGCUCAAGACGGGCCGGCGGCGACUCUUUGCUCAGGAAAAGGAAGUGGUCAAGGAGGAGGAGGAGGAGGACAAAGGCGUCCUCAAUGACUUCCACAAGUGCAUCUAUAAGGGAAGGUCAGUUUCUCUAACAACGUUUUACCGGACAGCAAGAAAUAUCAUGAACAUGUGCUUCAGCAAGGAGCCUGCCCCAGCUGAGAUCGAGCAAGAAUACUGGAGGCUGGUGGAAGAGAAAGACUGCCACGUGGCCGUGCACUGCGGCAAGGUGGACACCAACACUCACGGCAGCGGGUUCCCGGUGGGAAAAUCCGAACCCUUUUCAAGGCACGGAUGGAACCUCACGGUCCUCCCCAAUAACACAGGGUCCAUCCUGCGUCACCUCGGUGCUGUGCCUGGAGUGACUAUUCCCUGGCUCAACAUUGGCAUGGUUUUUUCUACCUCAUGCUGGUCUCGAGACCAAAAUCACCUUCCAUAUAUUGACUACUUACACACUGGUGCUGACUGCAUUUGGUAUUGCAUUCCUGCUGAGGAGGAGAACAAGCUGGAGGGCGUGGUCCACACCCUGCUGCAGGCCAACGGCACCCCCGGGCUGCAGAUGCUGGAGAGCAACGUCAUGAUCUCGCCAGAGGUGCUGUGCAGAGAGGGCAUCAAGGUGCACAGGACGGUGCAGCAGAGUGGCCAGUUUGUCGUCUGCUUCCCGGGCUCCUUUGUGUCCAAAGUGUGCUGUGGCUACAGCGUGUCCGAAACCGUGCACUUCGCCACCACCCAGUGGACGAGUAUGGGCUUCGAGACUGCCAAGGAAAUGAAACGUCGCCACAUAGCCAAGCCCUUCUCCAUGGAGAAGUUGCUCUACCAGAUCGCGCAAGCAGAAGCCAAGAAGGAAAACGGCCCCACUCUCAGCACCAUCUCUGCCCUCCUGGAUGAGCUCAGGGACACGGAGCUGCGGCAGCGCAGGCAGCUGUUCGAGGCAGGCCUCCACUCCUCCGCACGCUACGGCAGCCAUGACGGCAGCAGCGCGGUGGCGGACGGCAAGAAGAAGCCUCGGAAGUGGCUGCAGCUGGAGACGUCGGAGCGGCGCUGUCAGAUCUGCCAGCACCUGUGCUACCUGUCCAUGGUGGUCCAGGAGAACGAGAAUGUGUCUUGCUGCCCCAGCACCACACAACUGACCUCUGAACUGGACCCGCCUUUGGGGGAUGUCUGGUGACAUCACUGGAAGCCGGCAGCACCUCUCCAGGCUGUGACCGCCAGAGGCGGCGGUAGAUGACAGCACUGUCCUGGGGCCCAGUGCCCCUCGGAGCCCUGCCCAUGCCUCGCUGGGCUGGCCCUGCUUUCCUGUGGACCUAACCUUCAGCUGCUCCCUAGCGCCCCGGCUAGAAGUUUCAGCUGUGCCUCGGUUCACAAGGGAUUUGGCGUCCCUUUCCAGUGUCCACGGUGUCUGGCAAGACUGCUGCCUCCAGGCAGAGGCCCUCACUGUGGCUCCCUGCGAGGGACGCUGGGCAGGAGCUCCCUGGCCUUCUGCCCUGCCACGCCCACAGGCCAGCCCUACAGGGGAGCUGUCAGGGCAGGACCCUGCAGCCAGGCUGAGAGAAGCUGCACCCUCCCCAGCUGCAGCUUGUCUUGUUGCACCCGUGCUGGGUUCCGCAGCUGCACUGCAGUCACGGCAGGGCAGAGUGUGUGCGUAGCUGUGACGUCACGGUGGGACCCCCGAAGCCCCUGGGGGAGGGGUCUGUAGCGGGGACCCCUCUCCCAGCAGUGUCCCGCGUCUUUCAUCUUCACCGGAGCCCCUCAGGCACAAGCACCAUGCUGCCCUGUACAAGGCUGCAGGCCCCCCAGGGCAACCCCCUUGCGAGGCCUUGCAUCCGACGGACCCACUGGUGUCCCCUAAGGGGCCACAGCCAGUGCAGAGCCUUGGUCCGUGACAGACUGGCAGCUUCCUCCCCUGCAGUGGUCCUCGCCCCCUCUCGGCGGCCACAGCCACCUGCCUGGCCCCUUUCCUGCAGGUGCUGGCUUUGUCCAGUGGUCGGGGUGGCCAUGGGCUCCUUCAAGGGAAGCCAGGCCUGCCGGGGCCCUGCGCCUCCCUUCCAGGAGGGGCCAAGGGUGGGGCAGACUGCACAGGGGCAGCGAGAGGUAGCUUCUUUUGGUGGAAGAUGCCUCACUGAAGCCAUUGGCUGGAUCACGAGAUUGGGAGCCAAGAGAGGGUAGAGGGUUUUGCUUUAGGGAGCACGUGCAGUGACGGCAGGGACCCCUUAGCCUGCCUGCGGCCCCUGCUCCUUGAUGUCAGAGCCAGGUAUCAGAGCAGGCUGGCGAGUUCUCUCACCCACACCCUGCACGAGCUGAUAGUGAGGAUCCUGCGAAACUCCAGUCAGGGCUGGUGGCAGCAGCCACCCACAGCCAGGUGGGUUUCUGUGAACCGAGUCCUACAGUGCCGUGCGUGUCGGGUUGGCAAGUCUGCCUCUGGCCUUGAGGAGCGCAGAGCCUUGCACUCAUGCAUUUGCACUCCUUGGGGAGCCGCUAGUUUGAGGGACCAGCACAAGCUGUGUGCCCAGUAGCAAGUCACCUGCCCACAGAUGUGGGACCUACAGGAGGUUCUCAGCCCAUGUACACUCGAGCCACACCACUGGGGUGGCACCCAGGAAAUAGAAUCCCCUGUCCACCAUAGAAGCCACUGAACAUGUGGCGUGGGCUCCUGAGGACAUUUUCCAGUCUCUAGGGCCCUCUGAACAUCUGUCCUCCCAGCCCCUGCAGGAAUGCCCCUUAGGGCAUUCCAGGGAGGCUUUGGAACAUCCUUCGGCCAAGUGUGUUAUGAGGGGGCAGGCCGGGACAGGCUGCAGGAAACCAAGGUGACAGUGCUUUUCCAAGAAUGUGGCCCUGCCGCUCCCAAAGGCACUCGAGAGAAAUGUGAGUAGAGAGAGCGAGCUCCCACGCACCGGUUCAGUCCCCAGUUCCUGUGACAGCCAGGCUGGAGUCAGGCUGAAUCCUGACUGAACCCAAUUCGGGGCUCCCACGUGAGUGGCAGCAACAGUACCUGAGCCAUCGCUGCUGCCUCUCGGGCUGUCAGCAGGAGUUCCAGUGUGAGGCGCCAGGCCAGACGCCCGCCUGAGGCCACCUUUCAGGCUGUCACUGUUCUCACCUCCACUUCCUUCAGGGCCUGGCGUCCGGCAUCUGGGUGGAGCUGCCCAAGACUGCAUGGUUCUUAGCCACCUUGGCCCAGAGAUGGGCCAAGGGUGGAACAGUGUGGGAUGAGUGGUGGUAAGUUAUAAAAGUAAACGUAAAGCAACCACCAGUCAGUGGCCCUCGUAGGUGAGCUAUAGGCAAGCCGCUCCUGUGUGCUGGAAGGGAGCAGCAGCAGUGUCCUCCAGCAGGCAGGGGUUAGCAUUUACUGCCAAGGCCAACCAGGUGGAGUAGCUUCUGGUGAGGGGAUAGCCAGAGUGGAUCCACCAGCUUCAGCGUUUGCCCACGCCCAGAGCAGUGUGGCAGAAGCCACAGCCUGCAAGUUUGCCUUUUACCAGGACUGCAGGCUGCAGCAGGAAGCAGUAAGUAGUAAGUAAGCAGUAAGUAGUAUGCUAGCCACGUCGGGGCAGGGAGGGCCCAUGGUGGUCCCCAGCAUCUUUGUGGCCUCAGGGAGGUAUUCUGAGUGAGGGCCACUUCCUGUCCCUUCCCGCGGCCACACAGCCCUUCGCUAGCCAUGUUUGUCUUGGACAUGAUCUGGCUGUCCAGGACAGGAGUUCAAGUGCCCCACUUCAACGCAGAAGCUCAGACAGAACACAGUUCUUGGCAAGGAACGAUGGACUUCCUGGGUGAUGUUGGGGUGCUCGGCAUUUUAAUCUGGCCUCGUGGCUGCCGGGGCCUGCCCUCAUCUUGGCCGGUGGGCGUGGAGCGUGCCCGCCCCGGGUUGAGGGCCUUGUUCCCAGGGGAUGCUGAACCCCUUCUCAGCCUCUGUUUGCACAUGCUUCCUGGGGGUCCCAGCCAGGCCCGGCUCGGGCUUCCUGCGGGACCUGGGGUCCGCUCGCUUCUCAGAGGGCUCAUUUGUCGUUUGCUCCACCC